UUUGAAGACCGUCAAAGGGAACAUCUAUGUGAAUCAGGCUGCGGCACAGUCAAAGAAGGCAGCUACGGGCAUCGAUUAUCGUGAAGAAACAUUCAUGUUUGAAUUCAACGUAAUGUGGGUGGCUCGGCUAGUCUUUUUGAUUUGAAUUGGCGGAACCCUUUCUUGACUUUGAACUAUAAACGGUAAAGGAAGAAAGGACAAAGGCUAAACAAAGGUGCAAGCACGAGGCCUUCCUGGUUAAAGGCCUCCCAGUCAUUUAUAAAGACGCAACCUUCCCUUCCCGAAUCCCAUCUUCUAUCAUACUCAUACUUCCAUCUUCUCCAAAAUGGUCCAGAGAGGUCCAUGCCCACAAGUUCUUGCUAACGGCGCAUGUUCGGAUCCAACUUGUCGACACGAGCAUAAUGUCCCCAACUGCGAUGCUUGCCAGCUCGUCUUCAAGAUCCCAAACGAGUAUCGAGCACACUUGAAGUCAAAGAAACAUCAAAACAAAGUGCAAGGUCUUGCAGAAGCGAUGUCGACAGUGCUCUACUGCGCAAUAUGUCAGAUAUACGUUCAAGGUAUGGCAUCAUGGACUUCACAUAUUCGUGGUGGCAAGCAUACCACAAAGGCUCGUAUUCAAGGCCUCGCGCCGACCAUUGAGCCUGAAGUUCCCGAGGAGGUCCCGAACCACGAAUUCUGCGUCGUUUGCCAGAUCCACAUCCUCAACCGGUUCCUGGCUCGUCACCGAGACUCACACCGACACAAGAUGCGAGCUCAAUUCUUGACCUUCAGGUCGGUUAUAGAAGAGGCAGAGAAGGACAAAAAUGGGGUCUCGGUGAAAGGAGAUUUUGAUUUCGGUAUUAUCGAUCCGUCCGCUACCGGUAAUGGAAUCACAAUGCGGGCGACGAUUGCAAGAAACGAUCCUUCCUCCCGGAUAAAUCUGGUCCAGUUCCAGUUAGCGUCUUCCCAAGGAAAGCGCACCUAUUCCCCAUUUACUGUUUCUGGUUUCGGACAAAGCCAAGCUGCAGUGUCCGUUCCUUACACCUCCUCCCCGAGUCUGCCUUUCAAUAUCACCAUGUCAACGCGGUAUUUUGGUCGAUAUGAAGAUCGCCUUGAGCUUGUUUUUGAGGAUGUACGCCUACGAACACGCUUCUUGAUCACCCGGACGCUACUUGUGAUUGUCGGGAAUAAGGCAGACCACGAGCUUCUUCGGCCCAAGGCACCGUACCAGCCCCGGAAGAGAGUAGCUCGCCAGCCUGAGCUACAGGUUGUGGAAGGAGAGCCAGCUCCCACUCUCAAAUCUAUACCAUAUGUCAACACGUUACCAAAAGCACCAAUUUCUCAGAACUUGGCGAAGAUACUGGCCACUGGUUCUCCGAAAGAAAUUGUCGAGCGGCUCCAAACGCUCUUUCUUCCCCGAGUCUUCGCCAGCGAAACCUAUUCAAAGCACUUCAAGACUCUUCUUUGGACGGAGGAGUCCCAAAUGGAGCGCGACCUCGAACAUUACGAUAUCCAUCAAGCGAAACUUUCAAGGCACAACCAGUAUCAUUAUCUUGAGGUCCCAGGCUUGGCCGAGAAACGACCUAGCGUGUUGGUUGGCGACACGAUUCUGGUUCAGCGUAAUGGCAGUCGCGAGGGACAUUGGUUCGGCGGUUUCGUUCAUUUUGUUCGAAAAGAAGAGGUUGGAUUGAGGUUCCAUUCUUCUUUCGUUCAGAACCCCAAUGAUCGUUUCUUGGUGAGGUUUAAAUUGAACCGAUACCCAGUUCGUCGUCAACAUCAGGCGCUGGAUUCAGCGUUCUCUCAGGACCGAGUCUUAUUCCCAGCACCGGAACAUCUCCACCCCGCUGCUAUUCCUCGAAGUACAUCUUUGAGGGUGUACAAUGGCACGAUUGCCUCCAAUCCGAGGCAGCUCCAGGCGGUGACUUCGAUUUCUCGCUCACCAGCUGGUGCUGUCCCAUUCGUUAUCUUUGGGCCGCCCGGAACAGGGAAAACCGUCACUAUGGUUGAAUCAAUUCGUCAAAUUCUCGCCAUGAACCCCAGAGCACGCGUGCUCGCCUGUGCUCCUAGCAAUUCCGCUGCCGACCUCAUCGCACUGCGCCUCAUCGAUCUCGGCGCCGACGUGUUAUUCCGUGCUUAUGCGCCAUCCCGACACAAAGAACAAGUUCCUCUAGAGCUCUUACCAUUCACGUAUCGCAAUCCCGACGGUCAUUUCUCGGUGCCCUCAGUGUUCUCUCGGAUGAGACACUUCCGCGUGAUUGUUACGACUUGCAUAUCCUCGGUUAUUGUUUCUGGCAUCGGGAUUCCUCGAGGUCAUUACAGUCACAUCUUCGUUGACGAAGCGGGCCAGGCUACCGAGCCGGAGGUGAUGGUGGCAAUCAAGAAUAUGGCGGAUAACAAUACCAAUCUUGUUUUGUGUGGAGAUCCGAAGCAGUUAGGUCCGAUCAUACGAUCUACUGUUGCCCAAAAGUUGGGAUUGGAACUUUCAUUCAUCGAGAGGUUGAUGAAGCGGGAGAUAUAUGAUGAGGUCCAGGGCUACGGAAAGUCGGUGGUCAAAUUGACCAAGAACUACCGUUCCCACAACGCGAUCUUGAAGUUCCCGAAUGAACGCUUCUAUGGUGGUGAUCUUGAACCAUGCGCUGACCCCAAAAUUGCGAACCUUUACACGAACUCGACGCAUGUUGUUUCAAACGGUUUCCCGAUCGUGUUCUAUUCCAUUUCUGGGAAAGACGAUCGAGAGGCCUCGUCUCCUUCGUUCUUCAAUAUUGACGAAGUGACUGCGGUCAAGUCCAUCGUUGCGAAAUUGAGGUCAGACAGGCGCAUACGGAUUACCGAUAACGAUAUUGGUGUGAUUGCGCCCUAUCAUGCUCAAGUCCUAAAGCUCCGAACCGCUUUUAGGAGUUUCGCGGACUCCGUAAAGGUUGGGAGCGUAGAGGAGUUCCAGGGACAGGAGCGUAAGGUGAUCAUCGUUUCUACAGUUAGGAGUAGUCGUGAAUUCGUCGAAUACGACCUUCGCCAUACACUGGGAUUCGUCGCUAACCCUCGACGAUUCAACGUCGCCGUCACUCGCGCGCAGUCACUUUUGGUCAUCGUUGGAGAUCCCUCUGUGUUGUCGCUUGACCCCCUCUGGCGUUCGUUCCUCAAUUAUGUCCACACGGGUGGUGGUUGGAGUGGGCCGGAGCCGACUUGGGACACUGAGGAGCCUGUAGAUGAGGCUGGCGGAUACGAUGUCAAGUACCGAGAUGCUGCACAACAAGACAUGAAUGCGUUCUCGCGUAUGAUGGAGGCGCUCACGUUGAACGGCGUGGCAGAGGAAGGAGAGGGCGAUAAUGUCAAUGUCGACAGGCCGUGGGCAGAGGUGGAAUGAUUUGCGACCUCAGCAUUCCUUUGCUUGUAUUGAAUACCCAAAAUAUGUUUCUCAGCAUCG